GGUAGCGGCGACGUUCCCGACCUCCUAUCCUGGGCUCAGUCCCACAUUACAGCCUUGUGGGAGUCAACAGAAGAAGAAGAAUUUCACGGGGCUUUCGACUCCUGUUUUGCAUCGAAUGCGGAGGCUAUAAUGAACCACGAGAACGUAUCGCGAGACAAUGCCAAGAGUAAUCUCUUGAGCAGAAGGUUCGCGGCACACAGCGCGAAAGUGGAAUGG